AUGCCUAGAUCUAGACGCUCGAAGUUGGUUACACUAUCCAAAACCGAUAAGAAGGGUAAGGAAAAUAAGCUUCGCAUUUUUGACUCCAUUAGAGAGGCGUUAGACGAAUACCGAUACGUGUAUGCUUUGCAUUUAGGUGAUCUCAGAAAUAAUUUUCUUCAGGACAUAAGAGGCGACUGGGCUGGUUCGAAAAUUAUUGUGGGCAAGAGAAAAGUAUUCCAAAAGGCUUUGGGCGAAUCUGUCCAAGAUGCCUACAAGGAAAAUUCUAAUAAGGUCAGCGAGAUAAUCGCAGCCCCAGAAGGUAUCACCGCAUGUUUAUUCACUAAUGAAGCACCAGAAACGGUCGAAGCAUACUUCGAAGCUUUUGUCAAGUUUGACUAUGCAAAAGCCAACAAUGAGGCCCCCAUAGACUUCACGAUCCCUGAGGGAAUUGUUUACUCCAGAGGUGGCCAGAUACCGUUAGAGGAGGAUGUUCCAAUGUCCCACUCUUUGGAGGUAACAUUGAGAACGAAGUAUAAGUUGCCCACUAAGAUCAAGAGCGGCAAAAUAUUCAUGGAAAAUCCUUAUGAAGUUUGUGCUAAAGGCGAUAAAUUGGAUGUGACGAAAGCAUUGAUUCUUAAGCAAUUUGGUGUUGCCGCUACAGAAUUCAAGGCGCACUUGCUCGGGAACCUUGACAUUGAAAAUGGCCAAUUUAAGAAGUACUAA